AUGGAGGAGCACAAGGGAGAUAGCCACAUAGAUGGCAAACUCGUCGGGAACGACACGACCGAGCGCAAUGGCGUAAAGACAUCAGAAGAGAAUUCUUACGGCUCAAAGCAGAAGCUUGACCGAUACAUUUCAUUCUUACCAACAGUGGCUUUCGGUGCCAACCUUCAAGCAACAUGGGAAUCUGUAGCGGUGUCGUUUCAGGCCGGUUUAUUGAACGGCGGUCCUACGUCUCUGGUAUGGGGGACAGUGAUUGCCUGGAUAGGCUCUCUGGCUCUUGCUGCCUCACUGGCUGAGAUGGCCUCGAUGAACCCAACAGUCGGCGCCCAGUAUCGAUGGACGAGCAGGUUCGCACCUCGAGGCUUCGGCAGUCCCGCCUUCUGGGGCUUGCUGCAAGGCUGGAUCACCGUGUUCGCCUGGAUCACAACCUGUGCACAGCCAGCUUUCCUUCUUGGAACACUCAUCCAGGGUCUCAUUGUGCUCGAUAAUGACAACUAUGCCUAUGAAAGAUGGCACGGCACCUUCCUCGCCUGGGCUAUCUUUGCUGUGCCCAUCAUUAUCAACAUCUUCGCGAGAAAGCUCCUUCCAUCGCUGGAAGUUAUCGGUGGAAUCACACAUAUCGUCUUCUUCAUCGCCUGGGUCGUCACAUUGGCUGCUCUCGCUCCACGGAGCUCGGCCGAGUUUGUCUUUGCUACCAACAGCUUUGGCUUAAGUGGAUGGAGCAAUGAGGGCGUACAAUGGUGUGUAGGUCUGCUGUCGGCGGUCUUCCCACUGGGUGGCUUCGACGGUGUACUGCACAUGAGCGACGAAGUGAAAGACGCCGAGAAGAAGGUUCCGAUGUCGAUGGUCCUCGGUCUGGCCAUUAAUGGUGCCAUGUCCUUCGCUUUCAUGAUCACCAUCCUCUUUUGUCUCGGCGACCCGGAGGCAGCGCUCACCACACCGACCGGCUAUCCCAUCAUCCAGGUCGCUUACGGAGCGACCGGCAGUAAGGCCGCAACCAUUGCCCUCUGCUCAUUCAUCAUCUGGAACGGCAUGAUCGCCAUGUUCAGCUCCCUCGCUUCCGUCUCCCGCCUGACUUGGGCCUUCGCUCGCGACAACGGAUUGCCCUUCUCAUCUUUCUUCGGCUACGUCCACCCAACACUCCGCAUCCCUCUCAACGCCCUCGGCCUCGUCUCAACCGUCAUCGUGAUCCUCCAAGUCAUCAACGUCGGUUCCUCGACCGCCCUUUUCGCCAUCCUCGGCCUUUCGACUAUCGGCCUGUACCUCUCCUACGUCCUGCCCGUCCUCUUUAUCGUCAUCGCCAAACUCCGCGGCGAGAGAAUCGACUAUGGACCAUUUAAGCUUGGUGCGGCGGGCCUACCUAUCAACAUCUUUGCCGUCGUUUACGGUAUCUUCAUCCUCAUCUGGCUGCCCUUCCCACCCUUCAUGCCGGUGACGGGUACAAAUAUGAACUAUGCGGGACCAAUUAUGGGUGCGGUGUUGAUCGCGGCUGUUGCGGAUUGGUUCAUCACGGGUAAGAGGAGGUUCAAGGUGCCGGUUGAGAGCCAGCGACCAGUGGACUACUAG